AUGUCGCUUUACCAAGACGUGAUUGGUCAACUUCCCAUUCUCAAGACAUACAACCAUGGCACUCUUGGCUUCAAGAUAGACGGCGACACACCACAGAAUAGCAUCGCUGAAUCAUUACAAAGGGCCGCCGACAAACUUACAGCCAGCUUCCCAUGGCUAGCUGGCGCAGUUAUCAACGAAGAUAGUGGACCAGGCAAUUCCGGACUCUUCAAGCCUCUUCCAUGGCCUGCAACAGCAACCUCCCCGAACAGCAUAGUGCGCAUCAAAGACUACAGCGAUAGCCUUCCACCAUUUGCUAAAUUUGUUGAGGCCAAUGCACCAUGCUCUAUGAUCGAUGGCAAUCUGAUCGCCCCCUACCCUGGAUUCCCAGCCAGUUAUCAGGACUCGCCUGAGAACCCUGCACCGAUCAUCGCCAUACAGGCCAACUUCAUUCAGGGCGGACUGCUACUCAACUUCUCCGCCCAACACAAUAUCAUUGAUGCCAGCGGCAUGAUGCAGGUUAUCCAGUUGUUUGCGACAGCUAUGCGAGGCGAAGAAUUCCCUCCCUCGGCCGUAGAGGAGGGUAACCGAGAUCGAGCAAAGGUGAUUCCCCUGAUUGCCCCUGGUGACCCAAUCAGAGACCACAGCUAUCUCAAGCUCCCAGAGGGCUUCACUCGACCCGUACCUCCCUCUGGAGCUAUGAUACCAAAAUGGGCCUAUUUUCUCCUGGAUGACCUGGCUGUUCCCGGAAUUAAGGCCCUCGCCUCCAAUCCUGAGGGGUAUGACCCCUUGGUCCCUUACAUCACCAGCAACGACGCGUUAAGCGCUUUCUACUGGAAGAUUCUCGCGGGCGUGCGCGUCCGUAAUGGCCGAUCUCCAGAUGCCAUAUCCAAGUUCGGUCGCGCUGUCGAUUCCCGACGAGCAAUGGGUGUCUCGCAUGAGUAUAUGGGCCACAUGGUAUACCACUCUGCGACGCGAGCGACCUUCGAGAAGCUGCAGGAAGCUCCCAUCUCAACCAUUGCCUGCGCAUUACGGAAAAGUCUUAACGAAGUCAAUAAUGAAUUUUGCGUCCGCAGCUACGCGACUUAUAUUGCUGACCAACCCGACAAGACGCAGGUCAUGUAUGGAGGAAUGUAUAACCCAGACACUGAUAUCGGCGCGUCGGCUGUACCUAAUGCGGAUUUUUUCCAUUCAUUUGGCUCUCUGAUUGGCAUGCCGAAGUUUGCACGCCGUCCAAAUCUGGCGCCUAUUCCCGGUUGUAUCUAUUUCAUGCCGGCGGAAGGUCGAUAUGUGCCUGUUCUGGUGUGUUUGAGGGAUGAUGACUUGGAGGGGUUGAAGACGCAUGAGGAGUGGAGCAAGAUUACUAAGUUUGUUGGCUAG